AUGAAAAGGUCCCCGGUGACCGCCACGUGCGAUUUGUUCAGCGCAUUGAGUACAUUGACAAAUGUGAACCAGAUCAAUAUAGUCAACCAUCAAAUACCACAAAUACCGGACAAUGCGUUCAACGAUAAUAUGGGAGUAUUGGAGAACCUAAAGACCAUUGAUUUGCACGGCACGGGCUCAUUGGGCACCAUAAUCAGUGCUUUUUCAACACUUAAAAAUUUGAACAUGGUGAACUUAUCUAACCAGAAGAUUGUGGCCAUCGGUGACUCGGCCUUCCAGUUCCCGCGAGCUAAUUGGGAUCACAUAACCAUUAACCUUGAGCAUAAUAGCCUAACCGGUAGUAGGUUCGGGUCGCACGUAUUCCCCACGAAUAAAGUGACCACGCUCAUGUUGGCCGGCAAUAUGGACCUGACGUACUUAACUGAAGGUGUUUUCUACGACUUUUUUGAGGAGAGGGGUCACGACAGGAAUACUUGCAAUAUGUCCGGCAUUCCGAUGGAGAUUGACCGGCUCAAUAUGGGGCUCGUGGACAAUAAAGUGACCAUGAAGCUAGAUCAAAAAUUAUUGGAGGCUAUGGGGAAGGACGGGACGGCACUCCUAAAGCAUACGCACAAACAGAUGGAUGUGCCGCCGCCCGCGGCCAAUCACACGAUAAUAUUACACAAUUUUGAAUGA